AUGCUCGAAGAGCAGGCACUCCACGCGAGCGGAUACCUUGAGGCGUGCGAUCUUUCCACUUCGCCGUCCUCUCCCUGCCUUCUGCGCGCUGCUGCUGCUUGCAGCAUGGUUCUAUUCUCUUCUCCAAGCUUCUCAGAGUCCUCGCCCAUUAGAAUUCUCCUAUAUCAUAAUCAGAUGCUCGAAGAGCAGGCACUCCACGCGAGCGGAUACCUUGAGGCGUGCGAUCUUUCCACUUCGCCGUCCUCUCCCUGCCUUCUGCGCGCUGCUGCUGCUUGCAGCAUGGUUCUAUUCUCUUCUCCAAACUUCUCAGAGUCCUCGCCCAUCAGAAUUCCACUAUAUCAUAAUCAGAUGCUCGAAGAGCAGGCACUCCACGCGAGCGGAUACCUUGAGGCGUGCGAUCUUUCCACUUCGCCGUCCUCUCCCUGCCUUCUGCGCGCUGCUGCUGCUUGCAGCAUGGUUCUAUUCUCUUCUCCAAGCUUCUCAGAGUCCUCGCCCAUUAGAAUUCUCCUAUAUCAUAAUCAGAUGCUCGAAGAGCAGUCUCUCCAAGCGAUGAGAGCCACAGGCGUGCGAUCUUUCCACUUCGACGUCCUCUCCCUGCCUUCUGCGCACUUCUCCUGCUUGCAACAUUGUUCUAUUCUCAUCUCCAGGCUUCUCAGAGUCCUCGCCCAUUAG